GCAUGUUGCAACCACAAGGGUCCUCCACAAGGAAAUCAGGGGUUGCCGUGGGUAGGUUUGUUGAGGUUGGGCUGACGGACCCCCCUGUCGGUGGUGGAAUCUCUGUGGCCAUUGUUUUGCUUCUUUAUAAUUCAAGAUUCCCGUCUUCUCUCUCCCCUGUUUCUCCUCCUCGACAUUGUGCCGUCUCGUCAAUCACAAACCGUCACAAUGCCUCCCAAGAAGCAGUCCUCCUCCGGCGGCAACAAGCCGUCCGGCUCUGGCUCUAGCUCCGGCCGCUCUUCCUCCGGUUCGUCUUGCCGCUGCAGCUGCCGCUGCCGCUGCAGUAUCGGUGGCUGGCUCAAGUUCUUCGCCAUCUUGUUCGCCCUAGUUGCGCCUAUCGCCUACGUCCUGGAGCAGCGUCUCGAGUCCUUCUACGUCUUCGAUACUGAGCACCUUCACGAUCUGUCCAAGCGCGCCAUCAGCGCCCACGGCAACGACACCAAGGCUAUUGUCAAGUACAUUGUCGACGAGCUGAACGACCGCAACGGCGUUGCGCCCUACGUCAACAACGAUGAGGAGUGGGUGUUCAACAACGCUGGUGGUGCCAUGGGUGCUAUGUACAUCAUCCACGCCUCCAUCACCGAGUACCUGAUUAUCUUUGGCACUGCCAUCGGUACUGAGGGUCACACCGGCCGCCACACCGCCGACGACUACUUCCACAUCCUCACCGGCACUCAGACUGCCUACGUCCCCGGCGAGUACGAGCCUGAGGUCUACCCUCCCGGUUCCGUUCACCACCUCGUCCGCGGUACCGUCAAGCAGUACAGGAUGCCCGAGAGCUGCUUCGCGCUCGAGUAUGCGCGCGGCUGGAUCCCUCCCAUGCUGUUCUUCGGUUAUGCCGAUACCCUCAGCAGCACGCUCGAUUUCCCUACCCUCUGGCGCACCUCCGUCAUCACCGGCCGCGAGAUGAUUAGCAACUUGCUCAAGGGCAAGUUCUAAGCAUUGUGCUUUACGAACUGUCCCCUUCGCGAAGGGUGUUUUGCUUACGAAGGUUUUGGAAACCAUGGGAUAGAAUAUAGAGUAGAGAUAAGGCUUCUCGGCACAAGCGGCGUCUACGCUAGACCGGAGUUUGGGUUAGAUCAAGAUAUAUCCAUACCUAUAUUCACAAUCUACGGUAACGUAGUCAAAACAUUACUACAAAGAUACUCUCUUUUGGAAAUGUUCGUCGCCUCUGUUUGCACAUUCGCUGACAGACUUCUGUAUUGGUGCUUUGUCUUCUCUUCUCUUCACUUCUCUCUUCACUUCUCUCUUCACUCCUCUCUUCACUCCUCUCUUCACUUCUCUCUUCGGCAAAGUGCUCAUGUCCGUGCCCAUGUUUUCUACAUAUCUAUACAUCACUAGGUAACCCCUGAACCGCCGUCGCGCAAACAUCACGAUUCCUAACAUCCAUGUGUACACUCCCUCGGCAUUUCUCAGCACGCCUAUCUCCUGCUCUAGACUUCAUGCCACCAAGUAGUCUAUUCC